GCAAGAAUGGCGACCGCGAAAAGCGUGACGGCAGCGGCCUUGAGCCAGCUUGGGGUGUGUCGAUGGUGCUGUGCGCGAUUUGACACUGUAGAUAGCGAGGAAACUACGCCAGAAGACGACUUAACGGUGGAGACGGAGAGCCCUUGCGUGCUUUGUGAAAACCUAUUGCCCGAGCUUCAUGAUGACGCCUACCUGCGCGAGCUGGCCAGUGCGGUGGGCGGCCCGGGCUACGACAGUCCCCGUCUCAACUUUAGCAUCAAUCUUCCCGCUGCUUUUGAUGCACAUCUGAGAAGCCUCACCAUGGCACAUUCAUCCAGCGCGGGAGUCACCAUUCAAGAGAAUGUGCCUCUUAAAAAUGCCGUGCGGGAAGCGUUGCGACACCAACUCAUGCCGCUCCUGCCCCAGUACACUUGGGGGGGUGGCCAUGAGUUCCUCGUUCACCUGACGUGGGAGACCGCCCACUCGCUGCAGUUUUACGAUCGCCUGAGCAAAGUACGGCACAACUUUCGUCGGCCCAAAGCUCAAAAACGCGGAGUGAUUCGACCCUGGACGACCAAGGAUAUCGACAGCCUCCUGGAGCGCAUCGACAUGAGCACUUACACUCGCCACAUGCCAUGCCCCCCCAAGGCCCCAAG